GAUGGAAUGAAAGAAAAAUAAAAAAGAGAUUGCAAAAAAAUAAUAAAAAAAGGCGACUAACGUAAAUUCGAGAAGAGAUGAGAAGGAGACAGUGGAGAUUUUAAGAGGGAGUACGCUCCAAACUAUGAAAUGGAUAUUAUCAAGUGUAGUAGAUUGAGAGUAGAGUCUUUCUCUGAAUCUCUGCACGCAAAGUAAUUGCAGUUACGUAUUGUAACGAGUAAAAUAUAUGCAUCAACGCUCAUUACCUGUCGGAUGGUAAAUGGUGCCCUGAGCCAGUGUUUAUGUUUCUUAAGCGUAGACGUUAAUGUAUGCGCAAAACAACAUGUAUCACGAAAUUGUCUGCCGGCUUACAUUCCAUUUGAAUAUUUAAUCGAAAAAAAGUAAAUUAAAAACUUUAAAAAUCGCGAGUAUCGGCAGUAGAUCGCGUGGUGAUCGAGAGUGGGUUUCGGGGAGAGACCUUCACUCGUGCUCAAAGAAACCUUGUUCUGUAAAUUGAGUUAAAGUGUAAACUUGUUCGGAUCUCUACGUCCAACUUUUAUUUCACCAAGGUCUUGUGUUCGGUGAAUGUGUCAUUUACUGACGGAAUAGACAGGUUUUUAUUUUUUAGCAAAUACCCAGAGGAUUUUUUAAUUGAACGACUUGGUUAAUCGUAUCCAGACGCCCAAGGUAAAUCAAUGAAGCGAAGGUCAAAGUAUAAUGAUACAAUGGCGAGUCAUGAAGAUAAUACUAAUAACAACUCACCUAAUGUUCACCUUCGUACACUUGGAAACUAAUAAUAAUAAUAAUAAUAAUAAUAGCAAUAGUGUUGUAAAUAAUAAUAAUGAUGGACUAUCAACUAAAUUUCAACGACACAAACCGGAUUACUCGUCGAUCGGUUCAAAUGCAUUAGCAAGAUCCGCUUUGAUAGAACGCCAAGAGAAGCUGCAAUAUAACUGUGAAGAUAUUAUGACAACAAAACAAGUUAACGAACGUAUCUUAGUGCCUGAUGAUUUUAGAAACAUACUUGUUAAUGAUGAGCUUGAAUUGCUUUAUUGCUACGUUCCAAAGGUUGCAUGUACUAAUUGGAAACGUGUUUUGAUGAUUGCAACUGGUAAAUGGUCUGGAAACAAUCCACUGGAGAUACCCGGGAAUCUUACACACGCCGCAGGAACUUUUAAACGGUUGAGUAAUUUUACAAUGACAGAGAUAGAACGUAAAUUAUCGAACUAUGAUACACUUAUUGUUGUGAGACAUCCGCUUGAAAGAUUAUUAUCGGCAUACAGAAAUAAAUUUGAAGCUAAAGAUGAAAUAAGUGCAAAGUACUUUCAAACCCGUUUCGGUCGAAGGAUCAUUAAGAGUUUUAGAAGAAAUCCGAGCAAAGAGUCUUUAGCUAAAGGGGAUGACGUUACGUUCAGUGAGUUUGUUGAUUUUAUAACAGACAAAAAUAUGAAUGGUACGAGUAAUGAACAUUGGAAACCUAUUUAUCAAUUGUGUUUGCCUUGUGAUGUUAAUUACAAUCUUAUUAGCAAGUAUGAAACACUUGCGGAAGAUGCUAUGGAAAUAUUGGAAAGAAUUGGCGCUGGAUCGUUAACAUUUCCAAUGAGAGCAUCUAGCAAUGAGCCAACGGCAGGAAAAUUGGAGCAUUAUUAUUCAAUGCUUACUUAUAAGCAGAUGAAAAAAUUGGCUAAAAUGUACAAAAUGGAUCUAAAACUAUUUGAAUAUACUUUAGAACCAGUUCUUGGAUUUUCUUUAGCAUGACAGAGAUUUUUAUAUUGAAUACAUAUUAUUUAUAAUAUAUUGAUGUAUGUAAAUA